AUGGCGGUGUGCGCCCGGCUGUGCGGGGUGGGUCCGGCCCGCGGGUGUCGCCGGCGGGGGGCGGCGCGGGAGCAGCGGCGCGGUGGUGCCGGCGACAGCGAGCCCGACACCGACACCGACCCCGAGGAGGCGGGCGGCGGCGGCGCCACGGAGGACGAGGAGGCGGCGGAGCGCAUCGAGGGCGGGCGGCCGGUGCCGCAGCCCGCCGAGGCCGGCCCGGCCGGGCGGGCCCCGCUGUCCCUCCUGGAGCUGCCCCCCGAGCUCUUGGUGCAGAUCUUCGGCUCCCUGCCCGGUACCGACCUGCCCAGCCUGGCCCGCGUCUGCACCACCUUCCGCCGCAUCCUCCGCACCGACACGAUCUGGCGGCGGCGCUGCCGCGAAGAAUAUGGCGUCUGUGAAAACUUGCGGAAAUUGGAGAUCACAGGAGUGUCCUGUCGCGAUGUUUAUGCCAAACGUAUAAACCCGCGAGUGAAGUCGGGGCGUUUUAUGAAAAUCCUUCCCGACUACGAGCACAUGGAGUACAGAGAUGUUUACACCUGCCUGCUGCACCGAUACCGACACAUCCUGGGAUUAUGGCAGCCGGACAUCGGGCCCUAUGGGGGACUGCUGAACGUGGUGGUAGACGGCUUAUUCAUCAUCGGGUGGAUGUACUUGCCACCUCAUGACCCUCAUGUUGAUGAUCCCAUGAGAUUCAAACCUCUCUUCAGGAUUCAUCUCAUGGAGAGGAAAUGUGCAACGGUUGAGUGUAUGUAUGGUCAUAAGGGACCUCAUAACGGCCAUAUCCAGAUUGUAAAGAAGGAUGAGUUCUCCACGAAAUGCAACCAGACAGAUCACCAUCGGAUGUCAGGGGGAAGGCAAGAGGAAUUCCGGACGUGGCUAAGGGAAGAAUGGGGUCGGACUCUGGAAGACAUCUUCCAUGAACACAUGCAAGAGCUCAUCUUGAUGAAGUUCAUCUACACCAGCCAAUAUGACAACUGCUUGACAUACAGACGCAUCUACCUCCCUCCUAGCAGCCCUGAUGACCUUAUAAAGCCAGGUCUCUUCAAGGGAACGUAUGGGAGCCAUGGGCUGGAGAUUGUCAUGUUGAGCUUUCAUGGAAAGAAAGCAAAGGGGACUAAAAUCACCGGAGAUCCCAACAUCCCAGCUGGGCAGCAGACUGUGGAGAUCGACCUGGCUCAUCCUCUGCAGCUACCCGACAUCGAGAACCUUCGUGACUUCAGUGAGCUCUCUCGCAUCGUCCUGGAGGUCCAGGAGCAGGUGCGUCGGGAGGAGCAGGAGGAGGAACACCGGCAGGAGGAAGAGGACCGCUCCCAGCAGGCUGCCUCCCAGCCUGCUGCAAAGCCCCUGGGAGGAGAAGGUGCCGAGGGGGAAGAGACUGCAGCUGGGGCAGAGGGGACGACCCAGGACAAGGCACCAGCUUCCCAGCCCUUUGUGCUGCCCAUGGGAGUCAUAUCGAGGAAUGAAGACUAUCCCCGGACCUGCCGAAUUUGUUUUUAUGGGACGGGGCUAAUUGCUGGGCACGGUUUCACCAGCCCCGAGCGAACACCAGGUGUUUUUGUUCUCUUUGAUGACGAUCGCUUUGGAUUCAUCUGGCUGGAGCUGAAGUCCUUCAGUCUCUACAGCCGUAUCAAGGUCUCCUUCCAGAACGCCGAAGCGCCUUCCCGUGAGGCUUUUGAUGAAAUGCUGAAGAACAUUCAGUCGCUGGCUACUUGAUGGGUGAUUUGUGAUGGACAGGGCUAGGGGUUGCAAAGGCUGCUGCACUCCCCAGCCAGGGCUGGGAUGGGGAUUCCUUGCUCUCGGUACCUCUGAAUAAAAGCAUGCACUUUUAAUAAAGCCUUUUUACCCCAAAGGUACACAUCCCGGUUAAAAUAUCCAUGACUACCCUUUC